AUGAAAGUGCUUAGGUUCAAGAGUGUUUUCCUUAGGCAAUUUGUUGGGUUCAGUGGAACAUUUCAGGCAGUGCUCACCAUCCUUCUGUUUCCAAUGUGUUUCACUCGAGAGUACAGAGCAGCUCCUAUUAUCCCCAAUACUACAUACAUAUGGGCCUGGAAUGCCCCAACUGAAUUUUGUACUUCAAAGUAUAACGUGGAUAUAGAUCUGAGCGUCUUCUCUUUAGUAGGAAGCCCACAGAAAGGUCUCACAGGACAAAGAGUUACAUUAUUUUAUGUUGAUAGACUUGGAUACUAUCCUCAUGUAGAUGCAAAAAACCAAAGUCACCAUGGAGGAAUUCCCCAGAAGGGAAACCUACAAGACCACUUGACUAAAGCUACAACUGAUAUUAAUCAUUACCUUCCAAAAGAUCAAGUGGGCAUGGCUGUCAUUGACUGGGAAGAAUGGAGACCUCUCUGGGCAAGAAACUGGAAACCUAAAGAUAUUUACAGGCUGUUGUCUGUUGAACUGGUUAAGCAGAAUAAUACAGGUAUUGAUGACACAACAGCCAACAAUAAGGCCAAAGUAGAAUUUGAAAGUGCAGGAAGGAAAUUCAUGGUAGAGACUAUAAAACUUGGAAAAAGGCUUAGGCCAAAACACUAUUGGGGCUAUUAUCUUUUUCCUGAUUGUUACAAUCAUCAUUAUAAUAAAGCCAAUUAUACUGGGCACUGCUUUGAUUUAGAAAAGCAAAGAAAUGAUGAACUCAGCUGGUUGUGGAAUGAAAGCACUGCCCUUUACCCAUCUAUCUAUUUGAAUACCAAGUUAAACUCUACUCCUCAAGCUACACUCUUUGCCCGAAGUCGAAUUUGGGAAGCCAUUCGGGUUUCUGGAGUUCGCAAUGCUCAAGACCCACUUCCAAUUUUUAUAUAUAACCGUCCAGUUUUUACUGAUGCAUCUGGAGAAUAUCUUACUGAGCUUGACCUUGUAAGUACAAUUGGUGAAAGUAUUGCUCUAGGAACCUCUGGAGUUAUAAUGUGGGGAAGUCUCAACUUAACCCAAAGUCAGCAAUCAUGCACGAAACUAAAUAAUUACCUGAAGAAUAUUCUUAAUCCUUACAUAAUCAAUGUCACCCUAGCAGCCAAAAUGUGUAGCCAAGUGCUUUGCUACAAUAAAGGACUGUGUACAAGGAAAAACUGGGAUUCACAUGAUUAUCUUCAUCUAAACUCAGAGAAUUUUGACAUUAAACUUGGACACUGUGAAAGAUUUGUAGUAAGUGGUGAGCCUACACUUGCAGACCUGCUUCACUUUUCUGAAAAGUUUCACUGCAGUUGUUAUUCUAAUGUCACCUGUAAGGAAAGAGAUGAUUUAGGAACUCUUGACAUUAUGAAUGUGUGUACUGCUAAUAAUGUUUGUAUAGCAUCUUUCCUAAAAGGCAAGAUCAGAGGUAGUCGUUAUAGAUGGAAAAAGUCUAGCAAUACUUCUAUACUACAUGAUACAGUGUCUCCAUGUGCUACUGGAAAAGAUCUCAGAGUGUGUCUCAAAGUCAGAUGUUCACUAGGAACUUGCUACAACAAUACUGAAGCAGACUGUGAGAGUGCUAAUUGGAAAAACACUUCCAGUCAUUUGCAUGUUCAAAACAAGGAAAAUGAAGCAACCUAUUCCGAAAAGUUUAAACAGAUAAUGGACAUAGACAUCGAGAAAAGCUGA